UCCUUGUUGAGCUUUGUCUUAUUCCUGUUUAAUUUUCUGGGCUUGUAGUGUCUUAUCGAUCGAGUCAAACUUCUCAUCAUCAGCAGAAGAAAAUUAGUACCUUUCGAAAGCUAGAAAAAGAACAUCAUGAUCAAUAUGGCUGAAGAAGACGCAAUUUCUUAUAUCGGCUUUGUCCAAAACCCUAUUGAAGGAAUAUCUAACAACAACAACAACAACAACCCUCCUUUGAAGAAGAAGAGAAAUCUCCCCGGCACUCCAGAUCCUGAAGCUGAAGUUAUAGCUUUGUCGCCGAAGACUCUGAUGGCGACGAACAGAUUUUUGUGUGAAGUCUGCGGGAAGGGAUUUCAGAGAGAUCAGAACCUGCAACUCCAUAGAAGGGGACACAAUCUUCCAUGGAAGCUGAAGCAAAGAAGCAGCAAAGAGCCAAAGAAGAGGGUUUACGUUUGCCCUGAGAAGACGUGUGUUCAUCACCACCCGUCGAGGGCUCUCGGAGACCUGACUGGCAUAAAGAAGCAUUUCUGCAGGAAACAUGGAGAGAAGAAGUGGAAGUGCGACAAGUGCUCGAAGCGCUACGCGGUCCAGUCGGACUGGAAAGCGCACUCUAAGACCUGUGGAACUAGAGAGUACAAAUGUGACUGCGGAACUCUAUUUUCAAGGCGAGACAGCUUCAUAACUCAUAGGGCCUUCUGCGAUGCCUUGGCUGAAGAAACAGCCCGAGUAAAAGCGGCAUCGGAUCACAUGAGCUACCCAAUGGCAGCAGGAAACUUCAGUUACCAUUUCACGGGAGCUUCAGUAGGGGCCAACAUGACACAACAUUUCCCCUCUGUUUUCAAGCCAAUAUCAUCACCCAAUGACGUCGAUGCAACAAUCGGCGGUGGCGCAACUACUCGCGGUCUAUCCCUAUGGAUGGGCCAAGGAGUGUCCCAAUUAGGCCAAGAAGCUGCAAUGGCAAACAACAAUGUUACUUCUCUCCAAGAGAUUCAUCAACUAGGGACGGUGAGUUCAUCAGGACCAACAAUAUUCCGUACUACAACUGAUCAUCAUCACCCUCUUAGUGUCUCGUGUUCUAAUCCUCCUCCACCGUCCGAUUACCAUCAUCACCUGAAUUGGGUCCUCGGAUCAAGUACUAAUAAGCUCUCCUCAAACAGUAGUACUAUUAGUACUACUUCUACUACUCAUGAUCAAGAGCUCACAACCACUUCUCUUCCCUUGAGAAAUAAUAAUAAUGUAAAGGAAGCAGCUUCGAGUAAUAAUCAGCUUGUUAGUGUUCCUUCAUUGUACAGCACUCAACACACUUCUCAUCAUCAAACACCGCCUUCUUCGGCUAACAUGUCCGCCACGGCUUUGCUCCAAAAGGCUGCCCAAAUUGGCGCUACUUCCACGGACUCAUCCUUUCUUGGGAGUUUUGGGUUAAAGUGCAAUAACAACAACAGCACUCAAGUUCAAGAAGGGAGCAACAAGUCAUGCGGUUUAUAUGGCUCAAACAUAAUUUCCACUACAGUGGAGAGCCAAGAAGGUGAUCAUCUACUGCAGAUUUACCGGCCCGCCAAGCGCCGCCAUGUGCAGGGCAGCGAAGAGGGCACCACCGGUGGAGGAGCUGGGCAAACGCGGGAUUUUCUAGGCGUUGGCGUGCAAGCCAUUUGCCAUCCAUCAUCAAUCAACGGAUGGAUUUGAUCCUCCUCAUCAUCAUCAUGUAGU